AUGCCGCCCGUCAGAACGACCGGCAAGAACACCGCUUUCAAGCCACCGCGGCGGAUCAGCGACAAGUCGAAUACCAGCGACUCUAGUGCUUCAAAGGCCCCGGCUCCUCGCGCGCCGGCCGCCGCUGCUAGCAGACCUCCAGCUUCCGCGUCGCGCGCGCCAGCUUUCAAGCCUGCAACCACACUCAUUUCGUCGGACACAGAGCUCGACGACAUCGAGAAAGAUGACGAGGAACUCGAAGAUACUGCGCAUCGUCGCCGUUCAACCAAUACGGCCGUCGGAAACGAUGCGUCGACCUCAAACGCCGUCGUUGUGCCGCCCGCGUCGCAGAACUCGAUGGGCGGUGAAGAUCAGCCCCCGAUCCCACCGAAACUCCUCAACAGGUUACUACACGAGGGCUUCCAAGACGAGGAAAUGCGGAUAGGGAAAGAAGCAAUGGCGGUGGCAAACAAGUACGUCGAGACGUUCGUGCGCGAGGCGCUCGCGCGGGCCAUGUACGAGCGGGAGGAGGCAGACCGCGACGAAGGCGGAGCAGGCGAUGGCUUCUUGCAGGUUGAGGAUCUCGAGAAGCUCGCACCGCAGCUCCUGCUGGACUUUUGA